AUGGCGGGGCACUUUGCUCACAUGGAAUUUGUCACUGGUUCCGAGCUGAACUUUCCUUUUGCUCGCAAUGUCGCAAGACUAGCAAGACAGACCGUGGAGAAAGCUUCGCAGAGUGGAACUCAUACUCCAAUACCUCAUAUUAUUGAAGAGGCCUCCAAUAUGCAACAGCAAGUAGACACGCCUUCACAGGGUCUUUUUGACCACGGAAAUGAUGAUUUUAGUAUGGAUGACUGGGGAUUUUUCUCUUCGACAUUGAUGGGUGAUGGCCCCUUCAAUUCAUAUACGGGCUUCAAUGUCAGCUGA